CUGGGAGAGUGAAGGAGCUCUCUCAGUGAUGAGGGGGUAGUGUGUGCAUGUGAUGGGGGGUAAGAUAACGCUAUAGUUCAUACACGGCUGUCAUUGUGGUGAUGAUGUGAGGAAAGUGAUGCUGAUGAGUGGUUGCAUGAGGCCAGGACCCCCAGGCACAAGUGGGUGCAGCUCACACUUGAACACUAGUGGGCUACACGCUGCUACUGCGGCGUCUCAUAAAUCAGGAGUUGAAAUACAGCCCACCAUCUUUACAAUUACUGACAAGAGUGCCAUGUUUGCUCGCCUUUCAAACAUGUUUGGUGCAAAUGAUGAUGAUGAUCAAGGUCAUGGUUCUCCUUCUCGAAAAUCCAACUCCAGGAAUGGUAGCCAGGGUAGUGGAACACCAGUGCAUACCCCUAAUGCAGCUCAGUGCCAGAUUGACAACUCGGGAAGUGUUUUAGAAAAAAUAGCUGGUCUAUAUGCUGAACGACUAAUGAGUGACAUCGUGCUGGUUGUAGGACAGCGCGAGUUUCCUGCCCAUCGGCUUAUUCUCUGUGCUUCAUCCGAUGUCUUCCAGGUGAUGCUGAUGAACCCACGAUGGAAUGAAAGUCGAGAGCAGAGAAUAAUAUUACAAGAGGCUUCUGAGUGUGUUGUUGUUUUUGAUCUUUUCUUAAGAUACCUCUACACGGGACGGCUGAAGGUCUCGCAUGCUACUGUCCUUCCAAUACUGGCUUUAGCAGAUAAAUAUAAUGUCAAGGAUCUGAUAGAUACAUGUGUCAAAUAUAUGAAGCUGCAUGUUGUAUCAGCAUCACAACAAAAUUAUCUGAUCGCUUGGCUUCAGUACACACUUACCUGUGGCCAUUCUGAUAUUGCAACAGUGUGUUUAAAUCAUCUAAAAUGGAAUUUGGAGCAGGUGGCUGCACUUGAAGAUUUUGCAUCGUGCGACUUGGACCUUCUUACUACAAUUUUAGCACAGCACGAUGUGGUAGUUCAUGAUGAGAUGACACUGUACAACAUUGUUGUGUCUUGGUUACAUCGACAAGAGGAACGUCUACUUAUGCCUACCCCAGUAGCUACUCCUGGGGAACCACCACCUACACUCAUCCCCCAGACACCCAGCACUAGUUCAGGAGUUUCUCCACUUCCACUUUCAAUUACGCCCUCUUGUGGAAAACUGUACCUUCGUCGAGAUUCAACAACUAGUUCUUGUGACCCAAUGGAUCGCAUGGAAUGGUUAACCUAUGAAGUGAUGAAAUUUGUGAGGUUCCCCAUGAUGACCCCAAGACAACUGGCUGACUUACUACUGGUGCCUCUGACCAUCAAGUACAAAGAGUUCUUUGUUACCCGCAUGGCAAUUGGAAUGUCAUUUCAUUCAGGGCAGUGGGAGCGUGUCAGAGAGGUAAUGAUGGAUCCUGAUCCUUCAAAUCGAUUGUUGUUUACCCCGAGGCUAUACACUGCAGAACAGUGGAGUGCCAGUCUCACAGUUGAUAACCUUCCAGGCUUACCAGCAUACCAUACUCGAACACUUGUUUUCUCCACCCCAGCUUCAGCCUCUGAAUUAGACUGUGACACACAAUUAGAAUGGAUUGUAGAGCUUUAUCCAAAGGGUGUUUGGUUCAGAAAAUUUUACCUAAUUGUAUGGCAAGGAACUGUUGAAGUCCCAGAAGCAGUUUUAAGAACAGUAAGACUGGCAGUUACAGCAAAGGAUGUUGAAUAUGCUCGUGUACGAAUAGCUGUGCUAGUGUUUGCUGUACAAGAAGGCAUUGAGUAUAUUGUUAAUGUGGUAUCUACAAAGUAUAUUUUUUCUACAGAAGAUAACCUAUUAAAUCUGGAUGAUAUUCUUCCUUUCGACAGUUUAAAUGAUCCUCCAGUGAGUAUGGAUUAUUACUUAAAGGAAAGGAAAAGAUACCUGCAAGAGCCUUGUGAUUCUCUCAAGAUACAUAUUGUUAUCAGCCCUCUUAGUGACCCUAAACUCGAUGCUGCUGGAAUCACCUGAUAUGUUGCCAUCUAAUAAUAGGCACAAAGUAGUUUUUAUCUAUUGUGUGACUUGUCAGCAAAUUUUUUUUUUUUUUUUUUUUUAAAUUUCAUUGAAUCUUAAAUAAAGUUACUUCUCUCGUUAUUUAAAUUUUAAACUUUUUUAUGCAUGUUUAUAUAUAUACGAGAAUAUAUUUACUAUACAGUGUUAGGACACACACAAAAAAAAAUAUUUGUGAAUUUGGCCUUCACUUUGCAUGAAACUUUAAAAAGCCAUAAACAUACAGUAAACCUGUAUUUCUUGGCUGUACUCUCAUCUUGGUGUGUGAUGUGACAUGAAGAACACAUGACAUUACAAAUUAAAUUCAUCAUUUACUUUUUUUUUUUUAGAUUAAGAUGAGUUAGUUUUAAAUGACAAAUUUUUAUAUAAAAAUGCCAUUGUUACUGUUGGACUAUUCUUUUGCUUUGUUAGUAGCUAGAGCAAGUUUUGAGAUCGGUUAGAAAUGUUGAUAAUUAAUUUUGUUAAUAGUGUGGAGGAUUGAAUGAAGAUGUUUUUAAAAAGAUUCUUUUUUUUUUUUUUUUUGGAAAAAACUAAACAUACAGUGGAACCUCAACAAUCCAGACUAUGUAGUUCCAGACCCCUUCCGGAUUUAGAGAAAAUUCAAAGUUAUUUUUUUUUUUUUUUUUUUUUAAUACGGCCUUUGAUUUUGGUCGCCUUAUGUCCUUUAGUUCUCGCAUUGGCAUCUUGAGUGAUAUUUAGUGACUUAUAAAUAUCCAAUGACACAGAUGGUGCUAGGGUACAUGAUCUUUCUGGCUUGAUGCCUUCUUUUGAUAAUUACUUAAUUACUUUUUUACAUUUUUGUUGUGGGGGUUUUGUAACCAAAAAUAAUAUACAUAUUUUUGUAUGUUGACACUGUAUAUACAAAGAUUUCCGAGUGUUAAAAUGUCAAAUAUAUAUAAUACAAAUUUAAUUUUGUGUUCUCCUAUUGAAAGGCUACUUAUAAACUGCCUGAUCUAACUCUUCAGUAUUUGCCUUUGUUCACCCUUCACCAUUUUUCAACAUCAAUACAGUAUUUUCAUCCCUGUGGAAUACCUUUUCUUCCUUCAGUCCAACCGCUUGGACUGGACGAUAGUGACGGUCUCGCAUCACGCAGGUCGGCGUUCAAUCCUCGACAGUCCAAUUGGGUUGGCACCAUUCCUUUCUCCCCAUCCCAUCCCAAAGCUUUCUCCUGAUCCUUUCCAAGUGCUAUACAGUGUGUAGUUAUUAUGACUUGACACUUUCCCCUGAUAAUUCCUUCCCUUCAGUCUAGUUGGACUCUAGAGAAAAGUUAUGAAAAUCCCUAAGUGUACCAACAGAUCCAGCACACUAGCACAAAGAAAAAUGCACCUGUGUCAGUAGGACUUUGCCACAAAAAAAAAAAUCUACUAAUUAUUGCAUAACUUAAUAGUCAAAUUACAGUAAAUAGUUUAAGAACUACAUUUUCUUUUUCAAGAAUAUUUGCUACUGUAGCUGUAAAGGCAAAACUAGUAAAAAUGUUCAACAAAUAUAAGUUACAAGUUAAAAAGAUACCAAGUCAAUCUGCAAAUUUUCCCCCUGCAUGUUGAAAAUUUGGAUUCCUCUUCAGAUUUUGAACACUUGUUCUGACAGCAAAGUCUUUCUGGAUUUGUAAGGCUUGAUGGUGCUACAUAGUCUACCCCGGCUUGGUGCCUUCUUUUGAUUACUGCUUAUUGUAAGGUUUCUGCUAUUUUGAGUUCUGGAUUUUAGAGGUCCCACUGUACUUAAACAGAGUACAUUUCUCAUGGCUUUUCUUUUGCCAAUUGUCACUGGAUCAGAACAGUUUAUUUUGCUGCCCAUAAUGUUAUACAGUGUUGUACUAAGGGUAGUAAUAACAGAAAUAUUAUUUUGUUGAUACCACUGUAAAAACUGACUUUAUCAUUAUUAAGUAAAACAAAAUCUCGUUAA